CCUUACUCUGAGGUUCCUUCACGUUACCACGGCCAGCAGCUGUGAAGGAAGAAGAAAAACCUCAAAUUCAUACGGACUCGACAUCGCAUCGGACGAGCCCGGUGCGAAUGCUCCGGAUAGACAAGCAUCGUGCCGAGAUGGCGUCGACACCCACCGCAGGUCUGAACGUGAUCGCGCUCAUCUCCGGCGGCAAGGACAGCUUCUUCUCGCUUCUCCAUUGCCAAGCGAACGGGCAUCGCAUUGUGGCCCUCGCCAACUUGCAUCCACCCCAACCGCCGUUGACAGCAGGGGCGUCUGGCAAGCCCUCGGAUGGCACCUCCCAUCCCCCGGCCGCCGCCAUUUCCGCUGGCCCAGCGGCUAGUGCCGCCGCCGUCUCGGCCCCGGCCCUGCAGCCCGGGGUCGCAACCCCUGACAGUGGACCGCGUCAGGUUCCGGACCAGGAUGGGCCGCCUGCCGCCGUGAUGCUGGGUUGCCCAGGUGGAGCGGCUGGAAAUGAGAUGGCAACCGAAGCAGGUGAGGAUGAGCAUGACCUGAACAGCUUCAUGUACCAGACUGUGGGCCAUCAGGUGGUUCCUCUCUAUGCCGAGGCCACAGGCAUUCCGUUGUAUCGCCGAGCCAUCGCCGGCGGUGCGACCCAGCCCGGGAAGGAGUACUCGCACUACCGACGCUCUGGUGAGCCCCCGGAGAGGCGGUCGCCGUCUGGGUUCACCUCGCGGUCCGGCGGGGACGCGAGGCAUGCUCUCGGCCAGCAUGACGACCUCCAGGAGCCCGGUGAUGUCGCCGGGAGCCCCCAGCAUGCAGGUCCCGAAGAGCACCGUCAUCCGGCCGAUGAUGGAACGGCGCCGGAGGAACCGGACGAGACCGAGUCCAUGGUCCCGCUCCUCCAAGCCAUCCAGAAAGCACACCCGGAGGCGAACGCACUCUGCGCCGGCGCCAUCCUGAGCACGUACCAGCGCACACGCGUCGAAUCAGUGGCGACCCGCCUCGGACUCACCCCCCUAGCCUAUCUAUGGAAAUUUCCAGUGCUUCCAGGCCCAGGCCAGUCGACCGGAUCCCCUGGAUCUGACGCCCAGCUCUUGGAUGACAUGGCCGCCGCGGGCAUGGAGGCUCGAAUCAUCAAGGUGGCCAGCGGCGGCCUGGACGAUUCGUUCCUGUGGACCAACGUGGCGAGCGCCGCCGGGAAGGAGAGGCUUGCCAGAGCCAUGCGCCGCUUCGGCACGGCAGAGACGGGUGCUGUGAUCGGCGAGGGCGGCGAGUUCGAGACCCUCGUGCUGGACGGGCCGCCGUCGCUCUUUCAAAAGCGCAUUGUAGUGGCCGAAGAAGACCGCCGGGUCAUUUCGGAGGGUGGGGGAAGUGCCUGGCUUAGGCUUCAAAAUGCGCGGUUAGAGAACAAGGGAGCCACUAACACCACCGACGGGAUGGAGUGCCGCGUCAGGGUCCCUGAUCUGCUUGAUCCCAAGUUCAAUGGCGUGUUGGGUGCGUUGUCUUGCCCCGACGCUGGUGAGCCUCUUCCGGACCCCCAAUCUCGCCCCCUUGACGUAGAGGAUGGCAAUUCUGUCAAGCUGGGAUCUCUUCAAUCGGGCGUCAACAGGAAGCUGCAAACCUGGUGUUUCGUGGUCGGCAGGUCCGCUUCCAUCGAAGCAGAAACCCAGACCAUCGUGGAGCUGAUCCGCGAACGUCUCCGACAGCAUUGCCUCCCAUCAUCCGCGAUUCUGAGCGCCACGGUCGUCCUCCGCCGCAUGGCAGAUUUCCCGGCCAUCAACAACAUCUACGGCACGCUCUUCACCGAGCCAAACCCCGCCUCCCGAGUCACCAUAUCCUGCGGCGAGUCGCUCUCGGCGGCGGCGGCGGCGGCGGCGGACACAGGCAUCGCCGUCUACCUAAACGUCCACACUGCUCUCCCCCCAGGACAGCGCCACGGUCUGCACGUGCAGUCGCGCUCCUACUGGGCGCCCGCCAACAUCGGGCCUUACAGCCAGGCCAUCUCCGUCCCUGUCGCCAGCCUCGGGUCCGCGGGUUCGGACGCCUCGUCGGCCUCCGGGCCGAGACUUGUCAGCGUCGCGGGCCAGAUCCCGCUCGUCCCCGCCACCAUGGCCCUGCCGCCGGGCGCGCCCGAGGACACCCUGCCGCUGCAGCUCGCCCUCUCGCUGCAGCACCUGUGGCGCAUCGGCGCCGAGAUGGGCGUGCAGUGGUGGACCAGCGCCGUGGCGUACUUUCCGAAAUGCGCUGCCGGCGACGACGGCGGCCGGAUGGUGAGGAAGGCGCGUCUAGCGUCCCAGGCGUGGAGGACGGCGCACCAGUCUAAACCCUCUCCCUCUCCUGGCGAUGAGGAGGAUGAAGACGAGGGCGGCCCGGAUCUGUGGGACAGGAGGUACAACGCGCAGUACAUGGCUUUCGCGACAGGAGAGGAGGAAAACAAGGGCGCGCCGCCGUUGCCCGACCGGGCUGUCCUCGCCUCGUCCCCCGCCGUGCUGUCCCCAACCGCAACCGCGGCGGUACCGCCGCUGUUUGUCGCAGAAGUGGAUGAGCUCCCGCGCGGCGCCGGCGUCGAGUGGCACGCCCACUUGGGCGUUGCGCACGCCCGCGAGCGCAGUGUGGUCCUGCGGGAGGCGCGCCUGCCUGCGCCGGGCGGCGAAGAAGAAGGGAGGGAAGUGGCUGUCUGGCAGGUGAUUGUGCCGGCUGCGACUGCCGAGGAGAGGAGGACGAGCUUUGUGCAGACUGUCGUGGCGGAGCCGUACAGCGGCAGCGCUCGGCCGGGGUCGUCCCACGCGCGAGUCGCGAGGGCUGCGCUCUCCCAGCUGGGCGACGUCGGCUUGGCGGGAGAGCUCGCUGCUGCAGUGAGAUACAUGGACGCUGAGUUGUUGAAAGCCGGUGCUGAGAAGGUCGGGAUGGAGGAGUUGGGCCCGGUGGUGCUGUGCAGGUCGCUGUGGGAUGCUAAGGGGACAAGGCUUGCGGCCGUGACGGUGUACCACAGCGUAUUUUGCUGAAGGCUAGUUAGAAUAGCUGCCAGUGGUGGUUGCGGGAAGGCGAGCAAGGAGGUCAAGAUCCCGCUUGAUCAUGGCCGCACUUCGCAUCUAAGCCCUGGCUGCGGUCGGGGGCAUUCCGCCGGCCCGCCUCGGGGACUUGUGCAUAUUUCUUCGGUGAGAAUGUCCGCCAUUCCUACCUAGGCAGCUCGCACGCGGCACUCCGCUUC